CAUUAAUAUGCCAAGUGUUAAAUACAAUAUACCCCCUAAAUAAUAGCAGAAGAUUACUAUAAUUAAUUAUCGUAAUUAUCUCAAUCUUAUACUUGGCAAAAUAUAGGGUUCCAAAUUUAAUCAAAGUUCUACAUUUUUCUUUAGCCUCCUCCAAGCAAGUAGCAACUACUAGAGGUACUUCUGAAGACUAGUGAAAGGCAGACUUUAGAACUCAAUUUUGCGAAAAUGAACCAACCUGUUCAAGGGGACAGCUCCAGCGCCCCUGCUAUCCUCCCUUUGAAGCGAAGACGGGGUCGUCCUCGUAAGGAUCCUAGCCUAAAGCGUGUAGUUCGUGCUCAAGCUCCUCCACGUUUUGAACUAGUGCAAGAGAUCCAACCACAACAAGUAAAUAAAAAUGAUGUAACUGAUGGAAUGAUAGGUCAAGCUGUUACAGGUGUUGUUGAGUCUGCAUUUGAUGCUGGUUAUUUGCUCAGUGUUAGGAUUGGCGACUCCAAUACAAACUACAGGGGUGUUGUUUUUAAGCCAGGACAUUUUGUUCCUGUCACAACAGCAAAUGAUGUAGCCCCACAUGUUCAGAUGAUUAGAAGAAAUGAGGUUCGUCCUUCUGCUGAAAACCAACUUCAGGCAUAUGGCCAUAUGGCUGAGCGGAAUGGAUCACUUAAUCUUGGAUCUAGGGCCUCAAAAGGCAAACAGGUAGUAAUACAUCCUUCAGUCCCUCCAGUGGGUGCCAGAGGCACAGUUGUUCCUGUUGUGCUACAACCUGUCAAUUUAACAAAUGGACAAGCAUCUAGUCAAAAUCCUGCAUCCCAAGCUUCUCUGGGGGGGUCUUCAAGAGAGAGAGAGGUCCAGAUGGUUAAGCCAUUAGCUAUGCUGCCACCUGACGGACCAGUAACCCCUGGUCAGUUACCACCGGAACCAACUCGUGAAACAGUUCCUUUACAAACUCAAGUCAGCAACAAAGUAGCAAUAGGUGCUGGGCAGAAAGAAGAUGGUUUUCUUAGCAAGGGAGCAGAAGUUGUGCAACCUGAAGAGGUGAAGCCAGUUGUAUCAACCAAUGUAACAAUACCUGUUGCAGUGACCAAGGUGUCUCAAGGAUCUGGGCUGUCACCAAAAAAAGAUACCAGAAAUAAUGAGGCCUCUCAUCAGUUGUCAGCAGAACCAGUAAAUCCCCCUCUUCAUACCCAAGCUACAUCUGUUUCAAAACCAUUGAUGAACUAUGGGACUGGCAGGAUGACUGAACUUCUACAGGCUGUGCAGGAAAACCUUAAGGAGAACCAGCUGCUUCGUGCUGGAGAAUCAGGUCUUGGUGUAAUGAAGAGUCCGAAAACUGAUAGCAGUAAAGAGGAGACCAGUGUUCAGUAGCGUAGCAGGAACAUCCGCAUAUUCUCAUCUCUGUUUUCACAUCCUGGCAGAUUGUAUAGUGCUACUAAUGUCCCGAUAUUACACCUGGUCCUUGCCUUGUAGUUAGCCAAAUGUCGAUAGAUUGUCUUUUUAUGUUUAUUAGUUCUAAUUAGCCAAAUGUCGAGAGAUUGUCUGUUUAUGUUUUUUAGUUCAGAUUAGAACUUUGCACAGUCUUAAACCUUUUGGGAGCUGUUUAUAAUGGUGGAUUUUCAUUUC